GUUAGAAAAAUACGAGUGCGGUGGCAGAGGUGAGGAAGACCUCAGAAGAGGAAGGGCAGGAAUCCGAAGGAGGGACACACAAAAUGGAGAAGGCAGAGCUACCCUGAGGAUUCAUGAAAAGGAAAGAUGAUGUUUGUGUGAACAUGUGCAUAUGUGCUUUCAGAGAAGAAACAGGAAGUAAUUGAGGCCAGGGAGAUACUAGGGCCUUUGGGGAGAGAGCAACCAAUGACCUGGUGACAACUGGAUUCACAGGUCUCUAGCUAUGCCUCCCCAGGGUCUGCCCCUAUCUAGGAUGGCUCCUCUGGGCAUGCUGCUUGGGCUGCUGAUUGCCUCCUGCUUCACCUUCUGCCUCAGUCAUCAGAACCCGGAGUUUGCACUGACCAACACAGAGAAGAGCAGCACCAAAGAAACGGAGAGAAAGGAAACCACAGCAGAGGAGGAGCUGGACCCAGAGGUCCUGGAGGUGUUUCACCCAACCCAUGAGUGGGAGCCCCUUCGGCCAGGUCAGGCUGUCCCUGCAGGAUCCCAUGUGCGGCUGAAUCUCCAGACUGGGGCAAGAGAAGUGAAACUCCAAGAUGAAGACAAGUUCCGAAAUAAUUUGAAAGGGUCAAAAAAGGGCAAAAGGCUGAAUAUCAAUACCAACACCUACACGUCUCAGGACCUCAAGAGUGCACUGGCAAAAUUCAAGGAAGGGGUAGAGACGGAGACUUCAAAGGAAGACAAGGCAAGGCAGGCCGAGGUUAAACGGCUCUUUCGCCCUAUUGAGGAGCUGAAGAAGGACUUUGAGGAGCUGAAUGUUGUCAUUGAGAGUGACAUGCAGAUCAUGGUACGGCUGAUCAACAAGUUCAAUAGUUCCAGCUCCAGUCUGGAAGAGAAGAUUGCUGCACUCUUUGAUCUUGAAUAUUAUGUUCAUCAGAUGGAUAAUGCACAGGACCUGUUUUCCUUUGGUGGCCUUCAAGUCGUGAUCAAUGGGCUGAACAGCACAGAGCCCCUGGUAAAGGAGUAUGCAGCAUUUGUGCUGGGGGCUGCCUUUUCCAGCAACCCAAAGGUCCAGGUGGAGGCCAUCGAGGGGGGAGCCCUGCAGAAACUGCUGGUCAUCCUGGCUACGGAGCAGCCUCUCACUGCAAAGAAGAAGGUCCUGUUUGCACUGUGCUCCUUACUGCGACACUUCCCCUAUGCCCAACAGCAGUUUCUGAAGCUAGGGGGGCUGCAGGUCCUGAGGAGCCUGGUGCAGGAGAAGGGCACAGAGGUGCUGGCUGUGCGUGUGGUCACCCUGCUCUAUGACCUGGUCACUGAGAAGAUGUUUGCCGAGGAGGAAGCCAAGCUGACCCGAGAGAUGUCCCCAGAGAAGCUGCAGCAGUAUCGCCAGGUGCACCUCCUGCCAGGCCUGCGGGAACAGGGCUGGUGUGAGAUCACUGCCCACCUCCUGGCACUGCCUGAGCAUGAUGCCCGUGAAAAGGUGCUGCAGACACUGGGCGCCCUCCUGGCCACCUGCCGGGACCGCUUCCGUCAGGACCCCCAGCUCAGCAGGAUGCUGGCCAGCCUGCAGGCGGAGUACCAGGCACUGGCUACCCUGGAGCUCCAAGAUGGCGAGGAUGAGGGCUACUUCCGGGAACUGCUGGGCUCCAUCAACAGCUUGCUGAAGGAACUGAGAUGAGGCGCCCACCCAACACUGAGACUAGACUGGGAUGCUGCUAGCAAGGCUGAAGGGCACCAGCUUUGGUGGGCUCUUCAGGGGACACCAGACAAGAGGGAGGACUUCCCUGCUGAGGCCUGGGUAUCAUCUGGGCAGUGCUAGCUUGGCCAUUAAAUAGAGACAUGAAGGCCA